CAGCGGCUACAACAAUCAUUCAAACGCUAGCACCUCAGCUGCAAACAACAUAAAUAAUAAGUAAAAUCUUGUUCACUAACUGUAAUUUAAAACCAAGUCAAAAUGGGAGAAGAGCCAGCAGCACCAGGAGGAGCCCCAGGAGCACCAGCAGCACCAGAGACCACAAGCCAAAAGGCCGAUACAACCACCGCGGGUGCCCAACUGAUGUUGAACACCCCAUGGCUGACUGCAGCUGCCGUGGCCCUCUACGCGACACGGGUCAUGUGGGCCAAGUUCAGGGAGCUUGGCCUGGCGAAGCAGAAAAAGCGCCUUGAAAAGUUGGCCGUUGAUCGGCCGGACAUGGAUGCAGCUAACGUGGAUGGCUUGGAGACAGUUGUGGACGAGGAGGCCUCGUCUGAAGAAGACGAAGAAGACAUUAAAACAUACGCCGAAGAAGCCGCCAAGAUUACACAGGACCAUCUCAGAUCAAACGGACUGGAUGUGGCCAAAAAUCUAGUUCCGUUCAAGUUAUAAACAAAGAUGCAGAGGAUGAAGACCCAUACCCAGCCAAAACAAACAUUUUUUUUCUUUGUUGUUCACCACACGAUUGAGACAUUCAUAACAUGCAGACGAUGACAAAAUGAUACCCUAAGGAGUGGGUCACUACCGGAUAUUAACUAAAACUACUACCGAUUAAGACAAGACAAGAUAGUUGUAAUGCUUGCGAAUUUCAAGAAGGGAAGAAUCUACACGAAUCACCGAUCAACACCAUAGACCCGCAUAAAACCCGGGUUUAUCCAUUACUCAAAAUUUUUCAUCAAAAUUACAUCAAAAUUGUCCAUUUCACACCAGUAGUACACGUCAAAAUUCUUAGUAAUGCUUCCAAAUUUUCAAUUUUAAAAUCUAUGUUUGUUUUAUGAAAUAUGAAGACUAGAAUACCCGUUUGGUAAAUUUUUUAGACAA